CGAAUGGUGUUCGGUUCUUUCUUUUCUAGGGCUCACGCGCGCGGACUCCACAUGUCUAUCGUAGGGCGUGCUGGUUUUUGUCCUGUCCUGUACUGGACAAGUUCACUACACCUCCCCUCGUAUCGUCUGCAGGGCAAAGCGCGCACAUUACAGUAGGUGGUUCCAUUGAGGACUAUGUGCAAGCUGGAGAGUAUGACUCGACGCCAGAGACCUCGCUCUUGUUAUUGUUGUUGUAUGCGCCUUGGCUGGAGCUGCCUUUCUUCUUCUUCCAUUCCGAGAGGAGAGGCUCUGGAAGGUAGGAGAAAGAAACCCCAUAGUCUUCUACGACCCCAGACCGGCUUUUCUUAUCGCGGCAGUUCAUGCCGGCUGGGUAGGACCUACCCAUUGAGAAACAGGUGUAGGCUGGUGGUUACUCAUCCACUCCGACGUCCAAGUCUCUAGAUCUACUCGUCCCUUGUCUAUUUUUCUCUACGCCCUUUCUUUUCCUUCUUCAUCUCCCUCUCUCACUCGAGUUGAAGUGUUUGCACGC